CGUGUCCGGGAAAUUCGAGCAGCUGAAUGUGAGGAGGGGGAUGACGUCAGCAAUGUGGGUAUAAAUUUCGAUGCUUACGAGGAUAUUCCGGUGGAGGCGAGCUGCAAGGACGUGCCGGCGCCGGCGAGCACUUUUGGGGAGAUUGAUUUGGGGGAGUGCUUGAACAACAACAUCAAGAGGUGUAGGUACGUGAAGCCAACGCCGGUUCAGCGCCACGCGAUUCCUAUAGCCAUGGCCGGCCGGGACUUGAUGGCUUGUGCUCAGAGCGGGUCCGGAAAGACGGCGGCUUUUUGCUUCCCCAUUAUCAGUGGUGUGUUGACCAAGUGUGUGGAGAGGUCUCAGAGUAAUGGUGGUGAUGGUUGGACUGUGUUUCCCAGAGCUCUCAUUUUGUCUCCGACGAGAGAGUUGACCAGUCAGAUAUUUGUGGAAGCUGGAAAGUUUGCUUAUCAGAGUGGAGCAAAAAUGGCUGUUGUUUAUGGUGGAGCGCCGAUGGGUCAGCAGCUUCGUGAUUUGGAGAGAGGUGUUGAUAUCCUAGUCGCCACUCCAGAGCGCUUAGUGGACAUGAUUGAAAGGUCACGAGUUUCACUCAAGAUGAUCAAAUACUUGGCACUAGAUGAGGCUGAUAGGAUGUUGGACAUGGGUUUUGAACCUCAAAGAAGGAAGAUAGUUCAAAGAAUGGACAUGCCUCCCCCAGGUGCAAGAGUGCGAUGCACGAUAGGAACAAGAAGGCGAUGGAGUUAAUAGCCAAAGGGUGGAGUGCUUUGAAGGAAGUUGAUAGAGUCAUCGAUUACUGCAAGCUCAAUGAUCGCCGUCUCAUUCCUCUAUUAAGGGUAAAGACCCCAUUUUUGGAUUCAUAUUACACAUUGGUAUGUAUUCUGUAGGUGGGGUUGAGUUUUGGUGGUGAAAACCAGGAUUCUUUAAUAAGGAGUUUGGAGGGUAAUGUGGUGAUGGGCUUUUUACCUUUUCAACAAGUAAAUAUUGGUCUCAAUGCCGGAGCUGGAGUUAGAAUUGGCGAACUAGUGAGAACCCAGAAAAAGGGAUAGAAAGCUGGUGUCUUGAUUAGUAAUAUGAAGAUGUAGAUUGUGAUCUUACCUUGAAAUUAAAUCUUGGGUGAAAUUGAAGCCUGUGAGUCUGUGACAGGAAAGGAGUAACAUUUAUAACAAAAGGCCAGUGGCAUGAAAUCCGAGAUUUGCUUUCAAUUGCCCUCAUUAGUUAAUUUGCUGUUGGUUAAUUGUUGGGUAAGAUUUUGGCUUCCAAAUCAGAGGCAAGAUAUGGAGUAUCAUUCAAAGCAAAUAGGGAAGGCUGGAGCAUUACCCCCUCCUUGCUUCUGAUCAUAAUUUUGGGUUUGUUUUUGAAAUUGGGAUAAUAGAAAGAAAAAGUCUCUGUUCUGACACGAUUGUUUUGAUCACAUCAGGCAGCAAAGGAGAACUUUGAGUUGGCUCUAGAGACUGACAACUCAAAUACCCAUGCCAGGUAUUGGUUGUCCAGAUUGCAUUUGAAAUACAGUGUCCCAAGGGCAUGCAAAGCCAUGAGGAGCUGCCUUGUUAGUUGAAGCGGCAAAUAUGGGUGAUGCAGAUGCACAAUAUGAACUCGCUUGUCGUCUUAGAGUUGAGCUUGCUUGGGUGCUUUUUAGAAUGAGUAUGUCCAAUCGGAUCAGCAAGCUUUCCAUUAUCUGGAGAAGGCAGUUGACCAGGAUGGAAGCUUAAGCAGUCAUAUAUGCAUCCAAGGAUUCAACUUUUAGUUAUGUCGUUUUUAAGCUUUGGUCAGCUUGUGUGUCUUUAAGAAGGUGGAGGCAUCUUAGCUUGAAGCAUUUGGUUUUGGGACAGAAAUGAGGUAACAUAUAGAAUAUGAACUCGCUCGUCGUCUUAGAGUUGAGGUAUAAACUCUGAGCAAAUUGUAUCGUUGCUGCUCUUAUGAAGAAUUUGUACAUGAAAUAUGUUAGUUUUAUAGGUUUCAUUCCCGAUGUUUGAAUUUUGAUGACUGAUGUGAUAAAGUUGGGGAUUCUUGCUCAAUAUUCUUUUGGUUUCUGUUUGGGAUUUUCCAAUUGUUUUGUUGUAUAAUUUUUUCCUCUGAUAUUCUUUAUCUUUUCACUAUUAAUUAUGACCUUGCUUGGGUGCUUUUUAGAAUGAAUAUGUCCUGUCAGAUCAACAAGCUUUCCAUUAUCUGGGAAGGCAGUUGACCAGGUAGAUUUUCACAAUGUCGGGGCAAAUAAAAGUUCUUCCAGAAUCUAUUUCAAAGUCUAAUUGGAGCAUGGUAUUUUUUUAGUUGCAUCUAGGUACUCUUUACCUUCUGGGUGCUGUGUAUCUGACCAGAGACUGUGUCUAGAAAGAUGUUGCCUCCGAGUCUCUGACUUAUGGUGUUUCCAUAGGGCAUCAGAGAAGGGACAUGCUGGUGCCGCUAUAGCAUAUGGGUCUCUUCUUCUUCAAGGUGUUGAAGUCCCAGAAUCUGUGAUGAACUUGACUUCAAAAAGGGGUUCUUUAGCCAGAAAGGCAAGAAAGAAUGCAGAAAGCCUUGUAAGAGACC